CCUUCGCACUCUCUUCAAUACGCGCUUUCUCAUCCUCUAUCGACGUGGAAGAUGAAUCGAUUCUUGCUUCUGCUGCUGUCAGCUGUUCUUCCAGAUGGGUAACACCUGCUCUUGGAUGGAUAUCCGAUUAGGGGUGACUGCCAAUAAAAUCUGUAAUACCUUAUGUUCUGUUUGGGUUUUCUUUUCCUUUUUUUGGUUCUUGGCUUACUACUCUGUUCCUUUUGGUAUCUCUGCUUGCUAGGUGAAACAAGUCAGUACUUCUUGCUUCCUUCUCUAUCUCCUCCUUUAGAUUUCUGUGUACUGCAGUAUGUUACUCAAAAGUUAUUAGCUGUGACGUUCAUCUCUUGUAGCCUUUUUUCCCUAUGACCAUGUUCAGAGAAAGGAGCUGUAAUUUAUUCUUUAAUCAAUAAACUUGUGGAGAUUUCUAUUCACUUAAAGCUAGGCACACAGCUGCUCGUUCUGCUGCUUCUCGCGUUAUCUACCUCUCUUGUAUGACGCUUUAGUACUUUGUACUUGAAAAAGAUAACAAUAUUCAUACUAAGAUACUUAUUCAAGUUGUUGUCACUGUGAUGUAUACCCUUUUAAGAUUAAAACAAAAGGCCCAUCAAUUAGACCAUAAAUAAUUGUUGGAAAAUCUGGGAAUAAUGUUUAAAAGAAUAUUUUAGUAAAUUCUUAUUUACCAUAUCACUGGUAGCUUGUCUCCCCACCCUCCUUGUUUUCUCGUUGGUUAAAUUGUAGUCUAGGAUGAGUGACCAGCUUUUUUGUUGGCCUGUGGAAGGGAUAUAAAGAUGGAUGUUGGGUAUGCUUUGUAAGUCUACUCAUGCCUGUGCAAAUUUCCAAGGCGUUGUUGUUGUGUUAGUAUAAUUAGGCUAUAAUAUAUGAACUGAUAUGGAAAUAUGUAACAAAACUUUGUAACUUGCAUCUUUCUUUUCAUGUUAAAUUUACUUGAAUAAGUUUUAGAAACGUAGAGAUAAGUGGUUGGCAUCAAACAUGCCAUAAAAUUUACAGAUGGAUGCAGAUAAAUGAGUUGUUAAAAUUUUGUAAUUUUCCCUUCAGAACAUUUGGUGAUCGAUUUUUGCUUGGAACAAUGAUUUAAUUCAGUUAUUUUUCCUUAUCAGCAACCAAGAAUUGUUGACGUUUCUCUUACGUUCAGUAUAACCAACACACUUGUAGAAGAAGUUCAGCACCUAAGGUAACCAAGUAUCUUCUUUUAGUAGUUGUUGUUGUCCACCAUUUUCUUUUGUACAAUUAUUUUGUUUAUUUUUUGUUUGUUAACUGAUUUAUGUGCGUAACAAAAAGUUUGGCUUGACAUAUUCGCUUUUUCAUUUAUGGUGUGGUCUCACGGUGUCCAUUUUCUUUUAUUUCACUUCGGGUCAUGUUUUGAUUAGAUUUUCCCGCUUAGUUAGCAAAGCUUUACCUUUGGAAAAGUACCUUUGAGAGGAUGUUAUAAUACGAAGAAAAAAAACCAAAAAAUUAUCGUAAUUGUUCUCCCUAUAGGUACAAAAAUUGAUCAGAAAGCUCAGAGGUAUUCAGCUGAUUCCAAUGUCACUUAUGAAAAAACUAAUAGUCAAAGCAUACCUUUUUUUUAAAACAUACAAUGACAUUAUGAAUCGCCUCCCAUAUUUUAUUCCUUGGGGUAACUAUAUCUGCUCAAAGAUAGCCUCAAUUUUGUCACUUCCUUGUGAUAUGCAUGUCGGUGAUAAAAAUUAAUACAAUGUUAAAAGGCUAUGACAGUUUGCACAGUAUCAUUUAAGAGUAGGUACUACGGUUUUGAUGGAUCAUACACAAAAAAACAAACGCCCCCUAUCAGAAACGGAUAGGAAUGACAACCGACGUGAAAAAUAUAAAGCCAUGUCAGCAGAGAAAAAACAGAAGUUGUUGCUACAACGCCGACUUAUAUACCAAGAGUCAAAGACACGCACACCUCCUGAGAAAAUAACUGUGGAUCGCUUGACUGGAAUAAUGGAUCCACAUGAAUGCUCUACGAACACUUCUUACAUUCUGCAUCCAGCUUUUAAUACGUGUAACAAUCAUCCUCUGCCUUCUGCUAUGGGUAACGAAAUACAUGUAUUGCGUUCACUUUCUACCUAUGAAAAGGGUUCAACUUCAGCAGUACCCGGGGAACUACGUAACAAAGACUCCGAAGUAGUUACGACUAGAGGUCGUACACCCACUACAAAGUCUUGUCCAAUUAUCGGUCAGUUGCGUUCAAACUAUGUUCCACUGAAGAAAGUUCCAAUCUGCAAAUUUUGCUCAGCAAAGAGAUUUCAGUAUGAACCGCCUACAUUUUGCUGUGGCAGUGGGACAAUAAAGUUAACUUCUCAUCAAAUGCCUACCAAACUGCGCAAUUUAUUUCUUGGAAACAGUGUGGAGUUCAAACACUUCCGAACAUACAUUAGAACGUAUAAUAAUCUUUUUGCGUUCACAUCACUUGGUGUAAAGUAUGACAAAGAUUUAGCAAAAAGAAAUUCUGGUAUCUACACCUUCAGAGUUCAAGGGAAGAUGUACCAUUGGAUAAAUAAUUUGCACCCUACAGAUGACAAACCAAGAAAUAUACAGCUAUACUUUUAUGAUAACUGCAAUGAGCUGGCACAUAGGAUGGCAUGUUCCGCCAGAAUCCACGAAUCAGUAGUGAAAGAAUUGAUGGAUAUAUUAUCAAUAAAUCCAUACUCUGUGUUUUUGCGGUCCUUGGUACAUAUACCAAACUUUCAAGAUUUCCACAUAGCUCUCAAAUGCGACUUAAAUUUGGACUAGAGAGUAUAUAAUUUGCCGACUUCGU